GUCGAGUUUAACCGACUCAGUGUCUGAGUCGCUAAAAUUAUUCAUCGACUACAAGGAUUCAACUAGAUUAGUUUUACUUCCGAGAUUUUACCCCGCAGUGUAGUAUAGUAGAAAGUGCGGUUUGUAAUCAUUUCUAGCUAUCUAGCCAUGUCACAGUAGUGUUUGCUAACGUUUAUAGUAAAUAAAUUAAAAACAACUGGCUAGCUAGCUAACUCGCUAAUCAACACAGAGACUCGUCAUGUGUUGGUCAGCAUAAUGACACGUAACAACAAAUAAUAAUAAUACUCGACUUAUUAAACUCUAGGAGGAAGGUUAAUGUUUGUGUGUUUGGUUUAUUUACAACAUAAACCGAAACAAUGCUGCAUGAGACAGGAGACGUGAGACGCCACGCCAGGGACAUAACCAGGGUUAAAUACCACUUAAUACACCGCUGUUCUGCCCAGAAUGAGGAUCACACACCGCUUCCCUAGAGAGAGAGUUUGCUGAAGGAUUUCUGCGAGAGCAUGGCUCAUGUGCUGCAUUUGCUCCUUUUAUGGCUCUUCGUGAGCAGUUCAGAACCCCAGGGUUAUGUGGGCAGUGGAUUGGAUCUUGGGGCAAACAUUGAGAAGAUUUUACCCUCCGUUACUCAUCGUGCCAACGGCAGCCAAAGUUUCUAUGGAAUCAUGUUUGAUGCUGGGAGCACUGGAACACGGAUCCACAUCUACACCUUCAUUCAGAACGACCCAAACCGGCUCCCCAUUUUGUAUAAUGAGAUGUUCCAGUCUGUGAAGCCUGGUUUAUCUGCCUAUGCUGACAUGCCAGAAAAAGCCGGGGACUCAGUGCGGCAAUUGCUGGAGGUUGCCAAGAGCACCGUGCCUCAUGUGGAGUGGAAACAAACCCCGGUGAUGCUGAAGGCUACAGCAGGAUUGAGGAUGCUGCCACCUGCCAAAGCUCAUGCACUCCUGCAGGAGGUUCAAGAUGUGUUUGAUGAUUCUCCAUUCUAUGUGCCUGCUGAUAGUGUAAGCAUAUUAAGUGGAACAAGUGAAGGGGUUUUGGCCUGGGUGACUGUAAACUUUUUGACAGGUCAACUUUACCCCCUCUCAAAAAAGUCAGUAGGGAUAUUGGAUUUGGGUGGAGGAUCAACGCAAGUCACCUUUCUUCCAAAAAAAACAACCGAGAGAUUUCCUGCUGAUUACACAGCAAGAUUCAGUAUGUUUAACACAACCUAUAAAUUGUACACUCACAGUUAUUCAGGGAAUGGAAUAAAGGCUGCCCAGCUUGCUGCUAUUGGGGCUUUGGGCUCAAAAGAUCCAGAAGGGAAGGUUUAUCAGAGCUCCUGCUUGCCUAAGAAUUACAAAGGGAAAAUUAGCUUCGGAGGGUUAAUAUACAAAGUCAGCGGAAAGCCAGGAGGUUCUACUGGAUAUAAGAGCUGUUACAAAGAAAUGCUGAAGGUUGUGAAAGGUGUCAUUCGGGAGCCAGAUGAUAUGGAAGACAGCUGGAUUUAUGCCUUCUCUUAUUAUUUUGACCAUGCUGUUGAGGCUGGCCUUGUUGACGAAGCCCGAGGUGGUGCUGUGCAGGUCCGGGACUUCAAGAACAGAGCUAAGGAGGUGUGCAACAAAGUGUCCAUGUAUAAUCCUGACUAUCCCUUCCUGUGUAUGGAUCUUACAUACAUAACCUGUCUUCUGAGGUCUGGAUAUGGCUUUGAGGAGAAAACAGUCCUGGAGUUGACCAAAAAGCUGCACAAUGUGGAGGCCAGCUGGGCUUUGGGAGCUACUCUGGGUUACUUUGAACACUUUAGCAUUGUCUAAAAAAAAAGCCAAGUAUCAUCUCCUCUUUCAUCACUUUAUCAGCUCUAGUAGUGAAGUCACUUAUGUCUUAAAACUCAUUUUUGUUUGUUGUCUCUUACAAUAAAGAUUUUAUGCGAGUUG